AUGGAGGUGAGAAUUGAAGCACAUAAUGAAUACUUUGUUGAGGCAGUUGUUAAGAAUAACAGUCGCAACCUAGAAUGGAGAUUGUUUGGGGUGUAUCUUAGCACAAACGAAGCAAUAAGAGUGGGGCAGUUUCAGGAAUUAACUUCACUUAUUCAACACUGUGAUGGAAGAGUGAUAAUUUUAGGAGAUUUUAAUGCUAUUAGAAAUCAGGGAAAAAAAGAUGGUGGGAAUCCUCGAUCUGAGGUCUCAAUGGAAAACUUCAACUCUUUUAUUGAUGAUAAUAUGCUAAUUGAUUUAGGGAUGUUAGGCAGUCCCACAUGGACUAAUAGAAGAGGAGGAAAUGAACUGAUUAGAGAGAGGUUGGAUCGUGUGAUGGUCGGUAUGCAAUGGAGGGAACAAUACGGGUUGGCUGUAGUGCGAAGACUAUAUGAGAAUGGUUCUGAUCAUUCUCCCCUUUUGUUGGAUUCUAACCCACCCACAUGGAAAAGUAAAAGGCGGUUUAAAUUUCAGGAGCGUUGGUGUAGAAAUGAUGAGCAGCAACAUAAGUCAAAUUCUAAAAAGGAAAUUGAGGAGCUAACUCUCAAACUAGAGGCGCAGAGAACUGAGGGUACCCAUGGGGUUCUGAAAUAA